AUGACACUUGAGGCGCCUGAGGAAACCACCCCUUCCCCCUCUCAUCUCCACCCCUUCCCCCUCCCAUCUCCACCCCUUCCCCCUCCCAUCUCCACCCCUUCCCCCUCCCAUCUCCACCCCUUCCCCCUCCCAUCUCCACCCCUUCCCCCUCCCAUCUCCACCCCAUCUCCACCCCAUCUCCACCCCAUCUCCACCCCAUCUCCACCCCAUCUCCACCCCAUCUCCACCCCAUCUCCACCCCAUCUCCACCCCAUCUCCACCCCAUCUCCACCCCUGCACCAGCGCUCACCUGACCCGGCCCAUGGGGGGAGGGAGGAGGAGGAUGAGGACGAGGAGGGUGAGGAGGAGGAGGAGGAGGAGGAGGAGGAGGAGGAGGAGGAGGAGGAGGAGGAGGAGGAGGAGGAGGAGGAGGAGGAGGAGGAUGAGGAGGGGGGUGAGAGCUCUAUGCCGCAACGCUACCACCUGUCGCUGCCACUCCCAUGCCCCUCAGCCAUGGCUGCCUUUGUCGCUGCUCCCCUGCUCGCCGCGCCCGCUGCUGCUGUUGGCUUCGGAGUGAAGACCAGCCGCCGUGUGUCCGUCCGUGCUGAGGCGGCCAAGGGCGAGGUGGCAGUGGUGAUCAACCCCGCCAUUCAGAAGGACGUGGAGAAGGUUGCUGACGCCGUCGUCGUGGGGGAGCUCCAGAAGCCUGUCACCGCUUACUGCAGGUGCUGGCGCUCCGGGACCUUCCCCCUGUGCGAUGGCACACAUGUGAAGCACAACAAGGCGACUGGAGACAACGUGGGACCUCUGGUGCUCAAGAAGUGA